CUAUGGGCCAAACCAUAGAUUGCCAAACGCGAACAUUUUGAUGUGCCCGCCCGGUGCAAUGUGGGAUUGUUGGGGUUAGAGGCGAAGCAACCGACCGAGGGAAAUGGAUGUGUUCCUUAUGAUCAGGCGUCACAAGACGACCAUUUUCACAGAUGCAAAAGAGUCCACAACUGUUUACGAGCUAAAACGGAUCGUGGAAGGCAUUCUGAAAAGGACACCUGAAGAGCAACGGCUGUACAAGGAUGAUGUAUUGCUGGAUGACAGUAAGACACUUGGAGAUUGUGGAUUUACGAAUCAAACAGCAAGGCCACAGGCCCCAGGAACUGUUGGACUGGCUUUCCGUGUCAGUGAAGACUCUUUUGAACCACUAAGGGUGGAGCCUUUCUCCAGCCCUCCUGAGCUACCGGACGUCAUGAAGCCCCAGGACUCCAGCAGCACUGCCAACGAGCAGGCUGUGCAGUGAUGGAUGGAUAUGCGAACGUUUUGAUGGAUGGAUGAAGGGAGGGAGAAAGGAAGGAAGGGAGUGAGAGAAAGCUUGUUUUUGUAAUUUGUGAGUGUUUGUUUAUUUUUUUGGUUUUUGUUUGGGUUUUUUUGUUUGCUAUUUGUAGAAGUUCAUGAAUGACAAAAGAUUGCAAGUGGUGAUUUAACCUUUUGGAAUUGUGACCGUUACACCCCACCUGCAUCAUUUUUGUCCCUCACAUAAUGUCAGUAGCAAAACUUGUGCCCUCUUCCUCCUCUUGUCCUCUCUUCUGCUCUAACAAUAUGCGACCCCUCAUCACCUGCUUUAGACAUUGCUUAGGCAUGUCCUUUUUGCUAAUGCGUCACCCUUUCGGGAACACCCCCAUUGGCUGCACUGAUCUUGCUUAAUCUUGCUUAUGAGGUGGGAUGAGACAGGUCUGAAGAUUACCUACAGAUGAGUGCUGUACCUUUUGAGUUUGUCUAGUUUGGGCAUGGAUUUGUAGUUAGGUGUGUGUGUGUGUGUGUGUGGGGGAGGGAGGGAGGGAGAGAGAGUGAGAUGUAUGUUUGGUGUGUUGGGAGUAUAUAUAGUGCAUUUUUAAGAAUGCUCUUGCUGAUUUUGGAUUUACUUUGUGUUUUGUGUGUGUGCUUUACUUUAAUGACUGUAUUGCUAUUAUUAUUAUGUAUUAUUUAGAACUUAAAUGACAAGACAUCUGGGAUCCAAGAGAAAGAGGUUUUAAAGUCACUUAGUUAUUCAAUCAUGUAUGGGCAUGAAACUGCUCCCAAAAUUAUGGGCUGAAUGCAGGACAUUGUACAGAAAUCAUGCUCUGACAACAGGUGUUUCCAUUCAUUUCCAUUAAGGAAAAAUGUCAUUUCAGUGUAGAUAUUGUCACUUGUGUUGCUUCUUUUGGUUUCUUUACCCAAGUUUUUGUGCCUGUGUCCUUUUCUCUUGUCUGGUUUCAUUUUGAGUCUCAAUCUAUUGUAAGUCAAAAGCACAGUCUUUUACCGGUUUGAGUUUGCCUUUGAGCACCCUGCUAUUUUCAAUGGAAAACCAAAGGGGAAGUUUAAGUGUAAGUUCUCAUUUUUUGUCUUUGAUUUGAUUUGGCUAAGGGGAUGUUAACAACUACAGAAAGAUGGAUGUCUACAGUUUUUUUGUAUAAGUCAUGCAGGCUUAAUUGUACAAACCACUGAAUGUUUAGUUUUGACAACUCCUGAUGGGGCACUUCCCAAAAUCACAGCGUCUUUAAGCAACGACACUCGGCAUUGCACCAAUUGCUUUCGAGUGACUGAAAUGAUUCAACAUUAAACUCUUGCAUUUGAAUAAUGAAGAUAAAUGUAAUUACAAAUGUGUAACUGUGAUUGUGAACGUUGAAAUUAAAAGACACUUUUUUUCA